AUACAGCAUUAUUCCAUUCACAACUCUGCAAAUUAAAGAACGGUUUUAGCUGAAAGAAGAUAAAAUAAUAAGAAAUGAAGGGGUUCACGAUUUUCGGAAUUUUUGCUGUCUCCUUUUUCCUUCUCUCGGAAACAGUGGCCCACAGCAGCUCUGAAGAAGAGGGGAAUAAUUUCUUCCUAAAUCAUGAGAGAUGCCACUCCGUCGGGACUAAAAUUGUCAUAACUCAUCCGGACGGUUCAUCCGAGUCAUGCAAUUGUCAAGCACCACCCACCACGACGACCGCACCCACAACCACGACCGCCAGGCCGGGACGACGACCACGACCCGUUCCGAAACCUAGAAACACGUGGGAAUGCACCUCCACUCCGGCCGGAAGUACGACGACCACACCCACACCCACCACCACUUCAGACCCACAAGCUUGAAACUGUGGGAACCAAAAGGCUUGGAAAUAUUCUACCAAAAUUAGAUAAAAUUGCCUUGUUUUAAUUUUAAUUUAAAAUUAUGACACAUUUUAUUAACUUAAGAUACAAAUACCUAACAAUCUAUUAUCAUGGGAUGUAUGAAUUACUAAAAAUUAACUGCAGAAUCAUGUUACAUAAUCGUAUCAGAAUUCAUUAAAAUUGUAAUAAACAUAAAAUGUCAGAAAACAUGUUUAAAAAUU